AGAGAUUGGUGAAAGUGUGAGAGGAGAAGAUGUUUACAUCAUCCAGAGUGGCUGUGGAGAAAUAAAUGACAAUUUAAUGGAACUGCUCAUCAUGAUCAAUGCUUGCAAGAUUGCAUCGUCCUCCAGAGUGACUGCUGUAAUUCCAUGUUUUCCAUAUGCCAGGCAAGAUAAGAAAGACAAGAAGGGGUCCGUGGAGCGUUGGAGCCGUGCUCCAAUCUCUGCAAAACUUGUUGCCAACAUGCUGUCAGUUGCUGGGGCUGACCACAUCAUCACCAUGGACUUGCAUGCUUCUCAGAUCCAGGGUUUCUUUGACAUUCCAGUAGAUAACCUGUAUGCAGAACCCGCAGUGCUGCAAUGGAUUAAAGAGAACAUUAUGGAGUGGAGAAACUGUAUCAUAGUCUCACCUGAUGCAGGUGGUGCAAAAAGGGUUACUUCAAUUGCUGACAGACUGAAUGUGGAAUUUGCUCUCAUUCAUAAGGAAAGAAAGAAGGCAAAUGAAGUGGACAGAAUGGUCUUGGUUGGUGAUGUGAAGGACAGAGUAGCGAUUCUUGUUGAUGACAUGGCUGACACAUGUGGCACGAUAUGUCAUGCAGCAGACAAGUUAGUAUCUGCUGGAGCUACUAAAGUUUAUGCCAUUCUUACUCAUGGCAUAUUUUCUGGUCCUGCUAUUUCUCGGAUUAAUAAUGCAUCGUUUGAGGCUGUUGUGGUAACUAACACAAUCCCCCAGGAAGAGAAAAUGAAACAUUGUCCAAAAAUUCAGUUUAUUGACAUUUCCAUGAUCCUGGCUGAGGCAAUUCGAAGAACACACAAUGGUGAAUCUGUGUCCUACCUGUUCAGUCAUGUCCCCUUGUAACUGCAGGAGCUUACACUGCAUCUUUGCCAAGGCCCUUCAUCUAGCGCUGUUGUUUUCAACAAUGCAUCUCAACCACUAGAAAUUACUAUAUUUGUACAAUUCCAGAGCUUCUGUGUUUAAUUAUUAUAUUUGCCUUGUAAUUACCAUUUGUUCUUUGUAAAUGUGCAAUAAAUCUCCAUCUUGCAGAAA